UGGGCUUUUCUAUCCUACGGUCGAUUUUCUCAGUUUCAUUCUCUGUAUACCCCCCCCCCAACAGCACAAAUGGUUGAGCCCGCAGGGCCAUUUCCUUGCCUCGGUCGCAGGCGGUGCACGCGGGCUGUGCGAUUGUCUGCAGAAGGUCAGGAUGCCCCCCAAAAAGCGGAAGAGGAAGGCAGAGGCACCGCCAUCCAAAGCCUCUGGAUCUGCCACUGUGGAAACAGAGAACAGUGGUGCAGAGGAGAAGGAGAUGCCCAAGAAGCUGAAGCCGCGGGAAGGAUUGGGCUCUCUUCGUGUGAUCAUUGAGCAUUGCAAAAGCUGACGGGUUUUUGGCCGCAAUGCCAAUGCUGUUAGUGAGGCAUUGCAACAGGCUUUUUCUGAGAUCGUGGUGGAAAUUAAUCCUGAGAAGCCCCGCAGGAAUACCUUUGAGAUUGUUCUUGUGAAAGAGGAUGGCACCAAGGCUGAGUUAUGGAGCGGCCUAAAGAAGGGUCCACCGCGAAAGCUGAAGUUCCCAGAACCAAGCAAGGUGGUUGAGGUCCUGAAGGGCAACCUGGACUAAAGCCAGCUAAUGUGAAGACAUGCUGAUACAUUAGCUGCGGAUCCAUACAUUCUCUGUGAGUUGGAGCAUUCAUGAUGGGAUAUGAUCAAGUGGAGCAAAUCCAGUCACAUCUCUGAAGCUGUUGCCCUCCUCCACAGAAAAAUGGACCCAUGUUGCCCUCAGUUCCCUUGAAAAGUACGUUUGCUUUUUGACUGUUAAGAAUUUGCAGUGUGAGCCUUGUUUUUCAAUAAAGCUUCAAUGUCUAUAA